AUGCCUAACAGCUCCACCAAUAAUAUCAAUAAUGGCAAUAAUAACAACAACAUGGACAGCAGCAAUGUCAAUAACAGUAUCAACAAUAAUAAUAAUAACAGCAUCAGCAACUUCAACAAUCAAGAAAUUUCACAUUUUAUUGCCAACUCCCCCACUGCAGCAACAUACGUCCAAGCUCAAUUGAACGGUCUCAACAUUGAAGCGGCGGACAAUGCGGCAGCUGCCAAUGCCAUACCGAUUGUUACCUAUAACGGCAAUCAAUAUUGCGUAAUAACUCGGAGCGGCGGCGUCAUUGAACCAAACCUCACCGAGAAACCGGAAUUGCUACACUUUCGUGGACAAUUGACCACCACAAUUGACAAGCAGGGCAAAGCCAACUUCAUUCUGAUGUCGCCACUGCAAAUGCAAACCGAAGCGGAAAAUCCAAACUGA